UGAAGAGCUAUUUGGAGAGGGCCAUAAAAUGUUUUCUGAAUGCAGAAGCAGAAUGCAUCAGCCAUGGUGCCAUGACAAGCAUGACAGAGUCUAAACUUUGUCCUCCAGGUGCAGUAAACAGAUGAAGUUUAUAUCCCUCAAGAUGAACUGAUCCAGGUGCCACAAUUCAAAACAAGAAAGUCAGGAUGUUAUUGUAUAAGGAUGCUACAAGAUGGGAACGGUGAAGAAAAGAUAAUUCUUAAAGUACAUCUAGAUGACAGUGAAGGAAGGUGCUUAGAGUUUCCAGUCAAUCCAGAUUCUACAUGUGAAGAUGUACUAGCUUGUGUUCAGGAAUCUGGGGAAGGACCAGCCAUUUUAACACAGCUAGCAAAUGGUCAUGAGCAUAGACUAGGAGAACAUGAGAAACUAUACGAGAUCUUAAGUGAAUGGGAACACGACAGACAGGAAGUCAAGUUUUUCUUACGACAUGACAACAACAAGAACAUUCCUGAGGAGUACAAAGACAAGAUCCCUACUGAACCACCCAGUGUUGACCUGUCUUCUGAAGUCAGUGAAGACGAUUAUAUGUUAGAAGUAGAUGGUCAAAGAAGCAGAUCUAGAAAUGGUAUGAGAGGUCCUCCACCUUCAAGAAAUGUGUUACCAGGUGGAGUGGAUUUGACCUUGACAGAGCUCCAGGACAUGGCUGCUCGACAACAACAUCAGAUUGAAAGUCAGCAGCAAGUCCUGGUUGCUAAGGAGCAAAGACUUAAAUUUUUGAAACAACAAGAACAAAAACAACAGCAAAUAACAGUAGAAAAUGAACGAUUGAAAAAGUUACGAGACAAGAUUGAAACACAAGAAAUGAAACUCAGAAAGUUGAGGGAGCUGAGAGGAGAGGUUGAAAAACAGCAAAGUAACAAUGGAAAUCUUAAUUCAGAGCUGGAUAGUGUUAAAGCGUUGUUUACUGAAAAAGAAAAAGAAUUAGUGAUGGCAGUAGCCAAAGUGGAACAAUUAACACAACAAUUAGAAGAAAUAAAAAAAGAAAGAGCAAAUCAGAAAAAUGGAGAAAAAAGUGCUGCUGCAAUUGAAUUAGAAAAACUAAAGCAAGAAUUGAUGCUGAGAAAUAAAAUGAAUGAACAACAGAAUUCUAAGUUGAAUGCUCACAGGGAAAUGUUGAGUAAAAGAAAGGACGAAGUAUCUAAAAUGGAUAACAGAAUUCAAGAACUUCAGCAAAGAUUAAAGAAAAAGAAAGCACAUCAAGCAGAACAGCAUAAACAAAUGGCCAAUCAAAACAAAGGAUCAAAUCGACCAAUUGGAUCAAAUAUUGCGGCCAUUGAGCCAUACAUACAAUACUCAAACAAGCAAGAAAAUGGGGAUAUUGAUUUAAAAUCAGAAUUUGCAAAGCAAGAUCCAAAAUAUCAAACUCUUCCAACAAAUACAAAGUUUGCUUUACCUGAAAAGUCAAAAACUUCAAAAGACAACGAUAGCAAAGAACAAAAUAAUAAUACAACAAAACAAGAACAGAUGAGAAUUCCAUUAAGUGUUAAUGUUAAUUCAGACUCCAAAUCUGUGCAAAAUGGAUUUUCUCAAAAUCAGUUAUCAAGUUCAAUAAUAAAAGCUGCUAAGCGACAUCAGAGCAUGUCAACAACAUCAACUACAAACAGUAUUUCACAAUCAUAUUCUGCUCCCCCACCGAUACCUGCUAGAGCAGCUACAACAAAUCUGACAUACUUAGCACCCAGACCAUUUGGUUCAACAUACAGUACUAAUGUGUUGACAAACAGGAUACAUGCCCCUGUGUCUUCCGUCAAUGUAAAUGAGGAAGUACGAACAAGUGGUAGUGGACAAAGUUCACCAGCUUCGAGUGAAGGUUCUCAGAAAGAAUUACCACAUGAUAUGCAUGGAACGUUAAUAAAUGAUCCUUUACAACCAACUGGUGCUCCCACUGUCUAUGUUAAACAUGGGCAGGAAAAUAAUUCUCAGCAAAAAUCACAUGAUCAAGUGGAUUCUUCUCGUGUUAUCGGUACUAAAAAUAAGGUAGAAAAUGGACAUUCAUCAUCGAAAGAUUCACCACCGAAUUCAAAUUCUGGUGGCUCGGACAAUUCAUUGAAUAAUGGUGGCACAUCAACGAAUAUCUCAAAACAACCUCUAAGGUAUGCAUCGAAGAAUCUUAUAGCAAACACUUAUAUGGGUCGAUUAGGACCUGAAGCCAUGAAAAAAUAUCAACAAAAUUUUAAUAUGUUAUAUAGUGGGGAUACAAGUGAGAAAACAGACAAUAAAAAAGAUUCAGAAACAAAGGAUCUAAAUAAAAAUGACAAUGUUACGUCACAGGGCAGUCCACUAUCACCAACACGGCAUGGUCAUCAACAUUCGCAAGGAUUACAUUCACCGGGAUCUCCACAUUACACAGACAUUGCUUCAGAUAAAGUCAGUCACAAUCGAAAUACACCAAGGACUAUAAGACGGAGACAUUCUGACAGUGAAAAUGAAGAUAUGACAAAAUUACUUCAUAAAUAUAAUGUUCAUUCUCCACAACAUCAACAAAAUGCAUUUAAUUUUAACAAUUUGCAGCAUGAAACGCAGGCUACUUCAUUUAUGGAUCAAAUUCCAGAAAAAGUGCCUGUUGAUGAUUUAGGAAAUUUAGUGGAUGUUCAAAUGACAGACGAAAAGAACAGUGAUUCAAAUACUUCUUCCUCCAUUUCGCCAGUAGAAAGUCCAAAAAUAGAACAAACCACAGUUGUUCGGAGGAAGAAAACAAAUUUGAAACAUGCAAAUUCUAUCAAAAAUGCAAACCGUGUUAGUUUUGAUCCAUUAGCCUUGUUGUUAGAUGCUUCUUUGGAAGGAGAAUUAGAAUUGGUGAAAAGAUGUGCUAGUCAGGUAGCUAAUGUAAGUGAGUCAAAUGAUGAGGGAAUAACAGCAUUACAUAAUGCUAUCUGUGCUGGUCAUUAUGAUAUUGUCACUUUCUUGGUGGAGUUUGGUUGUGAUGUGAAUUCUCCUGAUAGUGACGGAUGGACUCCCUUACAUUGUGCAGCUUCAUGUAACAAUUUACCGAUGGUCAAAUUCUUGGUAGAACAUGGAGCCUGUAUUUUCGCCACAACAAUCAGUGACCAGGAGACGGCAGCUGAGAAAUGUGAAGAAGAAGAGGAAGGAUUUGAUAACUGUUCUGAUUAUCUUUAUAGUAUACAAGAAAAACUGGGUAUCUUAAAUAACGGUGCAGUGUAUGCUGUGUUCGACUAUGAUGGCCUAAAUUCAGAUGAACUUAGCUUUACUAUUGGAGAUGAAAUAACAGUCCUUAAAAAGGGAGAUGAACAUGAAAAGGAAUGGUGGUGGUCCAAAAUCUCAAAAACGGAAGGAUAUAUACCCAGGAAUUUAGUAGGGUUAUACCCAAGAGUAUUACCAGACCAGUCCUCUUCAGAUAGCUGAUAAGAUUUGUAGAAUUUAUCAGACAGACAAAAGUGCUAUUCAAUAGGGCCUUAUCAGAUUUAUAACGGUGCUCCAGAGACUUAGUAGAUCUGAUUUCCAUGUGAGAGAGUGUAUUUAUUGACGAGAGACAGUGAAGAAUGGAUGUUGAAAAUAUUGUGCAAUAACGAUCAAAUUUGUAUACACAGGCAUUGUAAAAUAGAUUUUUAUAUAUCAUUGUUUUAUAUUCUUUACAUUAUGUUUGUAUCAUUUUGUAUGUCAAAUCAUUUCUUGAGUGAAACAUUAAUCAUUUAUUCAUUGUUCCUUAAUAGAUUGGUUUCUUCUGACAAAAUUUGAACAAGAGUUAUUUCCCUUUUGUCUAAGGUCUAAGGGCACAAAUUCUUUUUUAAAUCAGACAAAUUCUACUUGUUAUACUGACCGCAAGACUUUGAAAAAAUUAUUUUCUGAACCACUUUAAUUUCUUUUAUCCUUAUAAUUUCUUUU